UUCGCGCAGCACCGUCUGGGCCCACGUCAAGAUGGCCGCUUCCUCCCUGCUGGGCUGCGGCCGGGCGGCGACCCGCAAGGUUUUGCGGCUGGAGGCCCGCGGGCUGCCAGGGGCGGCUCCCUCCGCGGCGCUCUGUACCAGGCCGGCGGGCUCCGGGACGCCGCCGCCAACGAAUGUAGUGGCACCACAGGGAAGCACCAAGCUGCUAGCCAUCAAGGCACCAGCUGAAUUUCCUAAAAUGUUGUCUUCUAGCUCUCUCCUAGUAUCUGCAAACAAAGGUGAGAGCAUAUCUAGUACUAACCUCAAGGAAGCUUCAAAACCUUCUGCUGAAGACAUGAGGAUGUUCAUGUCAAGAAAAACUGUGGUUGCAUUUCCUCAGCGAGUAGUUGUUUCUUCCCUUGAGGAGGAAAACCUCACUACACCUGCAACAGAAGGAGGCUUGAGGAACAAGUUAGUUGAGGAAGAAACUUUGUCUUCAUCCAGCUCAGAUUCAGAUUCUAGCUCAGAUUCUGAGGAAGAAAAUGAUGAUGAUUCAGAAGUUGCUAUUAAAACCAAAAUUGAGUUUCCUAGACGAGAUUCCAUCUUUUCUGAGAACAUAGCAGUAAAGGCAUCAAUGCUAGCAAAAGAGAACUUGUCCCAGAAAUCCCACAAAGGAUAUGUAGCUAAGAAGAAGCCAUGCAAAAGAGAAACUGAUGUGUCUGCUAUCAAGCAGGUUGCAUUUUCUAAAACAUCAGUCAGCCAUGAAACAUCAAAAUCCAAAGCAAGAGACCUUAAAGUAAAAUCAACUCCAAAAGAAGCAGUUCGGCAGAAGCUGGUCUUAGAACCAUACAUGGUUGAAAGCCAAGACCUGGCUGAUGUCACUCAUAAGUCUGAUUAUUUGGAGGAAAAGUCUAUUGGAACCCAAGUAGCAGCUAUUCAGCUGAAAGCUUCAUCAGUGACUCAGGAAGACAAAAAGCAAAAGCUGGUAUCCAGAGGAGAAGAAAAAAAGGUGAAGCAGGCACAGGAGUCAGAAGCAGAAGCAGUAACUGCUCCUAAACUAGAAGAAGAGAAUUCUGAAAGCACAAUGUUGGUGAUGGGCACUGCAGCAAAGGAGGAGACCAUUCAGGAAGCAGGAGUCCAGGCUGGAGAAAGAAGCACUAUAGAGGAGACCACAACAGCUGCUGAGCCUGCUCCAGAAGAAUUCGAUAAUUCUACCUACAAGAACCUUCAGCAUCAUGAAUAUAACAUUUAUACCUUUGUUGAUUCUGUUGCGGUUCUCUCAAAAUUCAGGCAGCCUCAGCCAUCUUCUGGAAGACCAUCACCAAGGCACUGAAAGAACCACAUUUAAAACAAAUGCCCAGGCAGAAUGAUAAAUUGUUCUAUUUAGCACUGUUGCUUCAUCUGUAUUAGAAAUCAGGUAAUAAAUAAAUACAUAAUAACUUACGCUCAUGCUUUUGAACAGUU